AUGUUAAUAGGCGUGGUGGUGGACUUCGACCGGCAGCAGCCGACCUCCCGUUCGGACGGAAAGAAAGAGGUGGUGGCGACGAUCAAAUCUCAACUGAGUGGCGACGAAUCGAAGAUGGUAGGUGUAUUGGUGGUGGGUGACGGGGUCACCGACGCUGCCGCCUGUCCUCCCGCCGACGCCUUCCUAGGCUUUGGCGGUGUCAUCACUCGGCCCUCCGUACAACGCGCCACUCCCUUCUUCUUUCACUCUUUCGACGAGAUGCACACAUUCCUCCAGCACUGUGGCCUCAUCGCUCACUCAUCUUAA